ACAGGAAAGUAUGACCCACUUGAAGAAAUAAAAUAAAUAGACAGAGUUUCCUCCUUCCUGCUUCCGGCUUGGCGGUGAGCCACUCAACAUAUAGAAUUUAAAUCUUCUCUCAGAAGUGUAUGGUAGAGCUCAAGAAGACAACCAACCAAGGGUCAUCUGAAGUUCUGAUUGGCUCUCUGAUAACCCAGGACAAAGUUAGAGAGCACUGCUCCAGCAUAAGACCACUACAAAGAUGUUUGAUAUAAAGGCUUGGGCAGAGUUUGUUGUGGAAUGGGCUGCAAAGGACCCAUAUGGCUUCCUUACAACAGUUAUUUUGGCCCUUACUCCAUUGUUUCUAGCAAGUGCUGUACUGUCCUGGAAAUUAGCCAAGAUGAUUGAAGCCAGGGAAAAGGAGCAAAAGAAGAAACAAAAAUGUCAAGAAAAUAUUGCAAAAGCUAAACGACUAAAAAAGGAUUGAAGGAAUGAACAGCUGGUGCAAACCAGAAGAAAAUCGUUUGGAAAAUUAUGAAUUUGGAAGGGCCCCACUAGGGUUUCUUCUCUGGAUUUUAUGACAGUAUUAUUUAGUAAAGGAAGUCUGAGCUUAUGGAAGAAUCACGUUCUGACCUCUUAAUGUACUGUAGCAACUUUUAGGCUUUGGUGUAAAAGUCUGUGGACAGUUCUUGUAAAUUGGCAUUUAUUAUGCUACAAAUUCUUUAUAGGUGACCUAGUCAUUUGCCAUUUUGCAACUUAUAUACUGAAAUGAAAACAUCCUGUGGAGAAAAAUGACUUUUCAUUAUGAACUCCAUUCAAAUAAUGGCUUAAAAUAGGGUCCUGGUCUGGAUAAAGGAAAUUAAGAAUGUAAAAAUCAGAAUUGUCCUCUCUGAGUGAAAAGUAUGCUUUGGUUUAAAAGAGAUACAGUAAAUUAAUUACAUCUUUUAUCAUUGCUUAUUUCUUGGAAUAGAAUCAUUUCUGGCUUUCUCAAAGCAAAAUAAUGAGUACUUCUAUUUUCUGCAUUUUUCUGAUGCUAGCCUUUCAGCUACUGGUAAUUAUUGGUCAUUUUGCAUUUUUUAAAAUCUAAUUUUAUAAAGAAUUCUCUUAUUAUCUUGACUAUGUAGAAUACCACCUACUGGAUGUAACAAUUUUUGUACUUAUGGACACUGCCAUUUUCUUAGAUGACUCGUUGAAUAACACUAUGAUUUAAAGCUUGCAGUAAAAACCCCAAACCUUGUAGUACCUUGGAAGCAGUUUAUUUGUAC